UAAGAUCACAUCUAGUGGAAUAAACUACUAAAUAUUGUUUUAUCUGUGUAACAUCUGCACGCGAAUAAAAAAAAUUGUAGUGACAGUAAACAAUGGAUGUGAUAAGUUUAUUAAUAUGUUAUAGUUUUUUUAUUGUGCUUCCGAUUAUCGUUAUUAUCAUUGGAUCAAGAACAUUAAUUAUUAACUUCUUUACUUUACAAGGUUUAUUGUGGAGAAUACUCAGGUUCCUAAGUAAAAGUGUAAAUAAAAAGUUUAAAGAAAAAUAUGCUCAGACAAUUGACAGCUUGAAAGAAAACGUUGAAACCGAAAUUAUCAUUCCUACAAUAAAACAUUCUGAAGAACAAAGUUUUUAUGGUAUAGAUCAGGAAGGAAACAGCUUGUUGUUAAGAAUUACCCUAACAAAAAACACAGUAACCACCGUCUAUCUGAAUUUAAAAGUUCAAAAUGAUACCUACACUCUACCAGUUAAAAAUGGGAUUUUGGAGACUAAUAUUCCGAAAAACCGUUGGAAAGUGGAUGGUUUAAAUAUUGAGAUCGUCGAGCCUUUCAAAAGAUUAAGGAUCUGCUUUAAUGGAAUAUUGAAAACUCAUACAAAUACCACCGAUCAUAUUCAAUUUAAUUUUAUUUUCAACGCCUCAUGCUCACCAUUUUACUACCCCUGUGAUAUUGAUAAUUUAAUAUUUAGCAAAUUCCUCUUACUUGAAAAAGUCAAACGUAUCUUCAACUCUUCCAGUCAACCAAUAUUGGAUGACCAAAUUGAACUUAUUCAGUUCGGCGUUUUGAAAGGGUUAUUAAGAAGAAACUCAUCAGAAGAGAUUGAGCUACAUUUGCCUACCUGUAGAACGAGGUAUAAAGGGGUAGAAAGUAAAUAUGUUUACAAUAAAGUGUUUUACAUAAAUGCUAUUGAUGUGUGUGGAAAUAGCUUUCAUAUUGGAAUAAAACAAUUUAAAAAUGGAACUUUCAGUUUCGUUUAUGGCUUUUCAUACCUAACCGCAAGAGACCAGAGAUAUCCAAUUACUAGCAUACAUAUUAAGGAGUUUUCAUCAGGAAAAGGAAACAUAUUACCAGAGUAUAUCAUCGUUACAGUGAAAGCAAAUAACAAAACUUUUAAAAUAAAUAUAUUGAUACAUAAGACUGAAAUUCAUGAAGCAAAAACUAGUUAUAAAAACGGAUAUGCUAUAUAUACCGCAGCUUGUGGUUGUAAUAUUAACGCAAACGAAGGAAGAGCUUGUGUCGAAGCUAGGUAUCCAUUCGAAGGUCCAAAUGACUUUGUUCCUGAAAUAAGACUUACGGAGAAAAUAGUCGAUUCGUUACCAAAUAUACUAUUGUCUGAUAUAAAAGAUGAAAGUUCUCAAAUUGUUGAUCUUACUGGAGGAAAGGGAUGUUCGCUAGCGUUGCUAGUAUCUCUAAAAUCACCUGAGUUUAAGAUUCCAGAUGGCUUUAUCAUAACAGUAAAUGCUUACGAUCUUUAUAUUAAAGGCGAACUACUACGAGAAAUAAAUUCACUCAGUGAUAUUUGUUGUGGAAAAAGAGAAGGAAAGCUUGAAGAUGCAUGCAAGAGGACGGUCAAAUGCUUUAAAACCCAAACAUUUCCAGAAAAUCUCAAACAACAAAUCAUCUUACAGCUACAAAAGUACCCAAACGAAGCUGAUCGGGUAAGUUGGGCAGUGAGAUCUUCUGCUGUUGGUGAAGACUCGGAACAAUUUUCAUCAGCUGGACAAAAUGAAACUUUCUUAGGUUGCCAGUCACACGAACAGAUCUUAGAAGCUAUCCAGGCUUGUUGGGCAUCUUUAUAUACUUACCAAAGUGUGCAGUAUAGAUGGCAGCAUGGUGUUCCCGUUGUUACAAGUAUGGCAGUUGUGAUACAAAAAAUGGUAAAAGCAGACAGUGCAGGAGUACUUUUUACAUGUCAUCCUUCUACUUGUAAUCCAUCUCAGAUGGUCAUUACUUCAAACUUUGGACUAGGAGAGACUGUUGUAUCUGGCGAUUCGGAUCCUGACACAUACAUUUUAAACAAAAGCAAUAACAUUCAAGUCGAAAGCAAAAUUUUGGGUACUAAAAAUAAAGUAUUAACUUUAACUGAAGAGGGAUUACAAGAAGCUACUACACAAGAAGAUAUUUUCAGUUUAAAUGAUGAACAGGCAAUUAAGUUAGGAAAAGUUGGAUUGAUUCUAGAAAAAGCGUUUGGAAAUCCAAGAGAUAUUGAAUGGGGAUUUUAUAAUGGACAGCUAUUUCUAUUCCAAUCUCGUCCCAUUACGACUCUAACAACGUGGACAGACUACGAGCUCAGCCAUGAACUAGACUUUCCACAACUGACCAAAUUUAGUGCCUGUACAACAGCAAAUAUCAGAGAAGUCGUUCCGAAAGCUAGUACAGUAUUAUCUCGAACUAGCUCGCUGCGAUGUUUGGAUUGGGCUAUACAAAAACUGGUAACUUGUAAUUUUGAUCCAGCCAGUAUGAAAGCUUUAAUUACCUAUCAACAUAAUGUAUUCUUGGAUGUUAUCAAAGGUAUACAUAUGAACACUAAACAAGAUAUAGAAGUAUCUUCCAUAACUGUAGAUUUAGCUAUAUUUGGCCAUAGAGUGAUAGACAAGAACUUAAAUGAUAUAUGUAACAAAAUUAGAGAAUGCUCAACGGGUUAUGAUACUCUUAGGACCCUACUUUGGUCCAUAAAAUGUGCUUGGCAAAAUCACGACAUUAAUAAAAGAGCUCAAAACCUAGUUAAAACGUUGGACUUUGAAACAGCAUCACUUCAGGAGUUAUAUGACAAAAUUGAUAGAGCUUUGGCAACUAACGUAGAAGAAAUUGCUAGAUGCCAUUCCCAUACAACCGGAGUAUCUGUUUUUUAUCAAAUGCUUACGAUGAAUAUUAUCCUCGAAGGAAAACAAGAUAUCACCGACGACCAUAUCUCUGAUUUUGCUCUAAUCCUUUCGUCUUGUGAGGACGUAAUAUCUGCGGAAGUUCCAAAAUAUUUAGAACAAAUAGCGUCUACCCUAAAAAACGCAGACAGUAAAGAAACAUUUAAAAAUAUUUAUGCGCCAGAAGGUGUAACGUGGUUAAAGAAUAAUUGUCCUGUAGCUUAUGCAUUAUAUACGGAAUUCAUGGAAAAACAUGGUCAUCGUAGUAGAGGAGAGUUUGAAAUAAUGGAAGAAACUUGGAAUGACAAUCCGUCACAAGUAAUCGCAAUGAUUCAAGCAAAUUUAGGAGUAGAGAGAAAAGAAAAGAAUAGAAUGGAUAUUGAUGAAAUUAUUAAGAAUUUGAAAUCACCAAGAAGUUCUAUGACAAGAUUUCUUGUUAAGUUUCUUCUAAAAAAAAUGCGCGUUGCAGUGGGUAUCAGGGAACAAACCAAGUCAGUAUUGGUGCUAGCCAUAGAUAAACUAAGAAAAGCUUACAAAAACUUAAGUAUUCAGAUGGUCCUAAAUGGCAUAUUACCUCAUAAGGACCUGAUUUAUCAUCUAACCCACGAAGAGAUUAAGAUGCUCAUUAAAAGCAAAAAUCCUCUGCUUAUUUCAAAGGCAAUGCUGCGCCAGAAACUAUACAGUAAAUGGAAAGCUAUGAGAUUCGCUGAAGUAAUGUUUGGUCUUCCAGAACCAGAAAAGGAUGACGAAGUUAUUGAUAUAUCAGACUUAAAGGAUGUAUGCAAGGGAACUGCAGUGUGUCGAGGAAUUGUGCAGGCACGAGCUUGCGUUAUUAGAAAUUUAGAUGAGAUUUCUCAGUUACAAAAAGGUGACAUCCUUAUUACUUACAGUACUGAUAUUGGUUGGUCCCCAUAUUUUCCCAUGCUAUCUGGAGUGGUGACGGAACUUGGUGGACUGGUUUCACAUGGUGCUGUUGUAGCAAGAGAGUAUGGUUUGCCCUGCGUAGUCGGCGUCAAGAAUGUGUUAAAAUACUUCAAAACUGGCGACAAAAUCUAUCUGAACGGCAACACUGGUGAACUAGGAAAAGUUUAAUUAAUGUUAGGAUAUUUAUUAUAAUCUACUGUAAUAUUACAAAAUAAAUUAUUUUCUUUA